UCACGCUAACCAUUACUGUGUUUCUACUUCAUGGUUUAGAUAACAUAAUAAAUUUCCAUCGCUACCGGCAAAACGUUGUUUCUGUGAAAAAGUGUACAAUUUCGCAAACUCUCUAGCCAAGUUAUCGUGAACAUAAAGAAUGAUGCAUCAAUUUCCUGUGUUCCAAUCGAUAAGGAGCUAAUCGAAUCUCGGUAAGAUAUCUCGCUGAAUCAGUCAACAAAUAUGAGAAUUACAUAUUUUGCCUAAAUACAUUACAUUACGCAUAAAUACCUUUUCUUCCGUAUGCGUCCAUUAUAGCUGUUAGAAGAGUGGAAAAUACUGACAUUACGUAAAGAUGCUAACAUUCGGAAAAUGGAGUGAAAAUUGAAAAUAGGCAGCUUGGUUUUGAUCCGCACUGAAGUACAGUAAGACAAUUUGUUUGGGUUGUUAAAAUAGUUCCGAUACUAGAUAGACCUCUUUUAGCCAAUUGCAACAUUCACAAAUAAUGGUGAUCGAAUGGUGACCAGACGAGAUGUUGAUCAUGAUGCAUCGAAGAGCGGUGCAAUUUAUUUUGUUCAUGUUAAUCGCACGAAGCCACAGUUAUGAAUCAAGUACAGAUAAUGCAACAACAAGCAAUAUUAGCAGUAGUACAACGAUUGAUAACAUAUCAAGAACAGAGAUACAUCCGCCACACGUUAUUCAAAAUAUGUUAGGCAAUCGUAAGCCAAGCUUCGUGGGGUGCGACAACUAUAAACCUGUUCUGGAGGAAGAACAGCCCGCAGGUACAUCGGUAUUGCGCGUUUCUGCCAUUGACCCAGACCCUGGACAAACGAUCGAGUACAGCUUCAUAUCCACGCCCGGUGAGCGUCUCCGUUUACGAAUUGACAAGAAUACAGGUGAGAUCACAACGGGUCACAUCUUCGAUCGUGAUGAACCGAGUCGUGAGAAAGAGUUCCACAUCGCAGUACGCGCCACAGACAACGGACGACCCCGUCUGGACGAUGUAUGUACCUUUAAACUAAAAAUCCUGGACAUCGACGACAACCCACCUGUGUUCGACAAGGUGUACUAUGAAGAACCUAUGAGGAAAGAUACAGGGAUAAAGAUGCGCGUGGCCACUAUCUCAGCGACGGACGUGGAUGAUGCAGAUAACAGUAUCAUCAAAUACGAAAUCAUACCCAAGCAUCCAGACAGCACCUAUUUCAAAAUCAACGAGAACAAUGGCGUCCUCACAUUAGCUAAGCCAAUCGAUCGUAAUCCUGGUGAACACUACUCAAUCCGCGUGAGGGCUUAUAAUACAAUUCUGCACGGCUAUUCUGUGCACGAUGCAGAGGUCGACGUGAGCAUACCUGUUGUAAGAACCAAUCAACUGCCGCCUUACUUCACGAUUGUCCCAGACCUGAUCAUUCCAUUGAAGGAAACAUUGAAGAACUACUCUAAAUCAUUGGCAGCCUUCGCAGCUGAAUCAAACAUCCACGACAAACCGGAAGUCAUUUAUGAACUGAUUCAGGGUCGUACCGAGGAAACAAAUUCGAAAAACACAUUCGUACUGGAACAGAUCAACAACACUGCUUCCAUCAAGCUGGGAAAGAUGCUUGAUUAUGAAACUGUGUCACAGUAUACUCUCACCGUCAGUGUUAAAAAUUCUUAUGACUUGGUAUCUGAAAUGGUAUUGCAAAUCGUUGUACUAGACGAAAAUGACAACAUCCCAGUAUUCGAAGAAAUGGCGUCGGUGACAAUUCUAGAAAACGUGCCAUCCGGAACUCCUGUGACACGGAUAAAAGCAUACGAUAAGGACGGAACGUCCGCCAACAACAUUGUAUCAUUUUCGUUAGCCGAAGAUGAUCAGCAUUUGUUUGACAUCGAUCGUGAUACCGGCCUCAUUACAACGUUAGCGCCGCUUGAUCGCGAAAAAACCGACUCUUACCAGCUAAAGCUGAUCGCCGAAGAUAAUUCCCCGUCCGCGUUGUAUAAAAACGGGAAACCCAAUAGUAUAUCGAAGCAAUUAUUCAUCAAGGUGUUAGAUGAAAACGAUAACCAGCCAAAGUUCAUGCAGCAACAUUACGUUGCGGAGCCUGUGCCGGAGGAUGAAAACAUUAACACGGCAGUGAUUGAAGUAACUGCACGAGACCCAGAUACAACUUCUCAUAUUACUUACAGUAUUGUAUCGGGUAACAAUGGUGCGGCUUUUAAAAUCGAUAAGAACACAGGCCGCAUUUCGAUAAACAGUCGACUAGACUAUGAAAAGGUGCGCGAAUAUCAGCUGACGGUACAAGCAGACGAUGGCAUAUAUAAAGACAGUGCAACUGUCUCAAUCAAACUCGAAAAUGUCAACGAUAAUCCUCCACGCUUUAUAGACCUCCGCAAUGUGACGAUCCAGGAAGAAACGAUUCCUCCUGGCUGUAUCAUGAUCAUCCAGGCAUUUGAUCCGGACAUUGAGAAUCGAGACGAACCGCAGCACAUUCGAUUCUCGUUUGUAAAGGAACAGGAGGACUUACUGGAUAUCGAUGACAACGGAUGUCUGCGGCUAAGAAAAGCGCUUGAUCGUGAUCCACCGCAAGGCUUUAAGAGACGGCAAUUUAUCAUCACCGCAACGGAUGAAGAUGGCGCAGGAAAGAAAACUCCGGCUACAGUGAAUAUUUUCCUGGAAGAUAUUAACGACAACGCACCGUAUCUAUCGAAUGCAAUGCCAGUUGUGUGGGGAGAGAAUCGAUCACCUGGUUUGAUCGUAAGACUGACGGCAGAAGACGUAGACGAAGCACAGAACGGUCCGCCAUUCCAUUACAGCAUUGAUCCAAACGCACCUUACGAGAUCAAGGAACGGUUCCAAGUGCAAGGGAACGAACUGUAUGCGCUGGCAACGUUUGAUCGAGAAGAGCAAAAGGAGUAUCGAGUACCGAUCAGGAUUAGCGACUCUGGUGAAGAACCGAUGAGCGACGUCAGUAUGUUGCAUCUUGUGAUUGGCGAUGAAAAUGACAACGAGAUGAGGCCUGGCGAAAGUCGUAUCUUCGUUUACAACUACAAAGGCGAAUCGCCCAACACGGAAGUUGGUCGAGUUUACGUGGAUGAUCCAGACGACUGGGAUCUAGCGGACAAGACGUUCCAGUGGGACGAUGCUACUCGUCAUCAGUCGGUGGACUUCUUCGACCUUAAUCGUGAUACUGGCAUGAUCACAAUGCUACAAGGUACUCGUGGUGGAGAGUAUGAGCUGAACUUCCAUGUGAUUGAGCAGUCGAGCUACUUUCCGCGCCACAACGUUACAGCCAAAGUGAUAGUAACGGUGAAAGAGAUCCCCGAGGAGGCAGUCGAUAAGAGCGGAUCGAUCCGCUUCCAUAAUGUAACGGCGGAAGAGUUUGUGUCUCGUGCAUCCGGUCAACAGACCACUCCGAAAGAUCGACUGCAGAUGAGCAUUGCAAAAACUCUCAACGUGAGUCGCGAGAACGUGGACGUGUUCACUGUUUUGAAGCGCGACAAUGUCAACGGCACAUUCUUGGAUGUACGGUUCUCCGCACACGGUAGUCCUUAUUACGCACCUGAGCGACUUAAUGGAAUGCUCGGCUAUGGACUUCGCCAGCUGGAAGAGGACGUAGGUCUGUCAGUGUUAAUGGUGGGAAUCGACGAGUGCAUCGAAGAGGGUCGCAACUGUGAGCUAUCGUGCAAGAACACACUCUACAAAUCAAACGUCCCGAUCGCAGUUUACACUAACACCAGUUCGUUUGUGGGUGUGAAUGCCUUCGUACAGGCGGAGUGCGUGUGUGAGGUUCCUCCACCCUCGCUUACAUGUCUAAAUGGGGGCUUCCUUGUAAAUGAUCGCUGUUCCUGUCUAGAAGGCUUCGAAGGUCCACAUUGCGAGAUGCUAAGCAUCGGAUUCUACGGUAGUGGAUAUGCUCUUUACCCUCCGAUCAGUCCUUGUAAUAUGACGCGCAUCAGUAUAGAGCUUUCGCCCCACCAGGAAGAUGGUUUGGUGAUGUACAUUGGCCCGCUUAACUACAAUCCUCGUCUGCCCGUGCAAGACUUCUUGGCGCUAGAGCUCGUCAAAGGUCUUCCAGUAUUACUGCUUGAUUACGGUAGCGGCACUAUCCGAAUCGAACAUCGUCACCGUUUCCCGCAAGGCAAACCUUUUACUGUAGAGCUCGUGCUGCAGCCGCAGACGAUCGAAAUGAUCAUAGACAACUGUAAGUUGUCCACGUGCAUGAGUCUCGAUGCUCCGAAAGGACCGAACCGUUUCCUGAACGUAAACGCUCCUCUUCAACUAGGAGGUGCAGCCAUCAAGUUUGACUAUCUUGGAUCAAUGUACAAUUGGACGUACGUACCUCAGAACAUAGGUUUCAGCGGGUGGCUAAGAAACCUUACCAUCAACGAACGAACGUAUGAUCUUGGAUUACCGAGUUUUGCAAAAAAUGUCGAUCGGAGGUAUCACCGGUUGGUGGCAACCGCCGUAUCGUUUAGCGAUUCUUACUUGCUGAUCGCGAUCAUCGCCUGUAUUGUGUUGCUGUUGAUAUUGCUGCUUGCGGUAAUCGUUCACAAGCAUCCGAAGGACGUGUGGUAUGAUAAGGAUAUGGAUAAUUUACAAGCCACGAUAGUCGAUUACCAGGAGGAGGGUGGAGGAGAAAGAGAUGCAGAAUAUGAUCUCACUGUGCUACAGGGUUCUCCAAUUUAUCACAACAAACCGUACGGUAGUGAGCUGAGAUGGAAAGAGGCAACAACCGAGGUGCCAGAUAUUGGCGCUUUCCUUACCGAUAAGAAGGACGCAUGCGACGAAGAUGCGGACACCUACCCAAUCGACGACGUGCGACAUUAUGCUUACGAAGGUGAUAUGGUUAUUUAUCAUUCACUAUCGAGUCUUACAAUAUACUCCGAUGAGAGCGAGUUGAAGCUGCAGAAUCCUCCAACAUAUCUGCAGUUACUUGCUCAUGUCCAUACAGAGGAAUCAUCCGAAGAUGACGAAUAAUUACGAAUAUUAUCAACAGCUGUGAAUUCGUGGCCGUUCCCUUAUCUAUUUAUAGAAUAUCUAUAACUUACUGAUUUUUCCGCAUCCACCUUAUAAGUUCUAUCGCUUAAGACAAUUCC